AUGACAAUUAAAGAUUACGAAGGCAAAGUUUCUUUGGAACAUUCCUCUGGUUCUUCGACCGAAGGUACAUCGGUUUUAUUUAUUUAUUUAUCAUUGAUAAGAUAUGGUUUAGAAUUACUAGAAUUACUAGUUAAUAGUUUACCUAUUCGUGAGAAGUCGAAACUUGACGGAACAAAAGCGAUACGAGGUGGAAUUCCUUUAAUUUUCCCUCAAUUUGCCAAAGCCUCCGAGCCAUCAGCAGAAACAGCGAAUCUUCCACAACAUGGCAUUGCUCGUGUUUCUACAUGGAAAUUUUUAGGAGCUGUUACGGAUAAUGAAGAAGAAGUAUCUGCUAGGUUUGGCCUUACGGAUGCACAAGUUCCAGAAAAUUUUCAUAAAGAAUGGCCAAAAAAAUUUGAACUAAUAUUUACUGUAACGUUAACUGCUAAUACUUUAAAAAAUACGCUGGAAGUUAGAAAUAAUGGUACUGAACCGUUUGAAUUUAACGCACUUUUACAUACUUAUUAUUCUGUCCCGAUUUCAAUCAAAGGACUGAACGAAGUUACUUAUCUUGAUAAAGUUAAUAAUUUCGCACGUAUUCGGGAUGUUAAAGAUUCAAUUACGAUCGAUCAAGAAACAGAUCGCAUUUACAUGGAUGUUCCCAAAGAUGAAUUUAUUAUCGACUUGGGUCAACCUGAUGGUGUGGGUAAUUUUACCCUAAAGAAACUCAAUUUAAAAGAUACAGUUGUUUGGAAUCCAUGGAUUAAAAAAGCUCUCGAAAUGUCGGAUUUUGGUGAUGACGAGUAUAAAAAAAUGGUUUGUGUUGAACCUGGAACAGUCACAGAAUACGUUAAAUUAGAGGCUGGCAAAACUUGGGAAUGUGGUCAAAUUAUAAAAGUUUUUGCUUUAAAGUCCAAGUUGACAAAACGUGACCUUACUCGAAAAGGAACACCGAAAAAUAAACAAAUGUUUCUAACAAAGGACUCGCGAAAAUCCAAGUCCAUGUUGUUAAAACGUGAACCCGCUCGAAAGAGACAGUUGGGAACAGAGGCUCAAAAGCCUCUGGUUGGUGAUAUUCCCAAAGAAUAUUUUCUUGUUAUAACUAUAACCACGAGAGAAGAGAUGUUUUUUUAG